AUGAUUUUUUUGUAUUUCCCCUUUGUUCUAUUAUUAUGUACUUUCCUAAUAAAUUUUGCUAAAUGUAAAUAUAUAAUUUUUAAUGAAGACAAAUAUUUGAGGAAUUCUUCAUUUUCAUAUCAUAGUAAUAGCUUAUUUAAGGUUAGAAAAUAUUUUCAUAAUUUCAUUUUAUCAAAUAAUUAUUUUUCAAAAAAGAAGUCAAAACAAUGUAAAAGUUUUAAUCAUGAACUAAACAAAGAAAAUGAAUUAAAGGGAGAGGAAGAUACUUUUUUCCUUUUUCCAGAAAAUAUAUUAGAUGAAGAUAAAAGUUAUCUUCCAUUUGAUAAAGAAAAAAUAAUGGCAAGUAUAAAAAAACAUAAAAAAGAGGAUGAUAAUAUAAAGAAUAUUUUAAAAAAAACGAAAAAACACUGUAACUAUUUAACAAACAAAUUAGGCAGGCUAAAUAAAAAACUUCGAGAAAUAAAAAAGCUGGAAACAGUUUUUUAUGCAAACCCUAAUAUAUUGACAGAAGAGCAAAAAGUUAAAUUAAGCAAAAAAGAUCAGGUGAAAAAUGAAAUAGUUAUUAUUAAUAGAUAUAGGAAAAAAUAUAUAUCCUAUAAAAGAAAUCUACAAAAAAAUGUGGAUGACACAUCACCCUUUUUUUAUAAUAAGAAAAAGAAAAAGGAGAAGAAAAAAUUUUGUACACCCGAGGAGUUUCGAGAAAUAUUAAAAUCUAACGAUCCAAAGGGAACAAUACAAAAAAUUAAAAAAAUCGACCUUAACAAAAUACCAAGAAAUGUGACUGACUUCUUAGUAUUUAAUAAAGUGGGAACAAAAGAAGAAGUCAAAAUUUUAUUUGGUCUUAAAGCUAUAAAAAUUAAUGGAAAUACAAUUGAUGAUGAAAAUUAUAUUUUAAAUAUAAAGGAAGACGAAGUGAAGGUCUUUGAUCAAAUAGUACAUAUCCACGAAGAUCAUUAUGCAAUCCGAAAAAGAUUUACAACAAAGCAGAAACAAAUUCUUAAUAAGAAAAAGAAGGAAACUAUUACUGAAGCUAAGAAGGAAGUUAAGGAAGUGGAAAAGUUCUUUGGUAUUAAUAUAUAA